GCUUGUUCAACGUCAACAACUUAAUGUCAAUGUCAUAAAAAUGUACGAAUGAUGCGAUUUUACUGAUUUUUGAUUAGAAAACUUUCGACAUAAAUAUAUAAAUAAGAACAAUAGUUUAUUAAAGUGUUUAGAGUUUUAUUCUGAUCAAAAUGUCGGCAACGACAUCUUAUAAUAACGAUAAAGUGGUGAUGGGUGAAGUAGAAUACCCGGCGAAUGACCCAGCUUCUGGGGCGUUUUUCCAACCAGAUUAUAAGAAAAAUGAGGAUUUAAAAGUCAUGUUGGAUGGGUCCAAAGACUCACUAAAACUAGAAGCUAUGAAGAGAAUUAUUGGCAUGAUUGCCAAGGGAAGGGAUGCUUCAGAUCUGUUUCCGGCAGUAGUAAAGAAUGUUGUAUCAAAGAAUAUAGAAGUGAAGAAGUUGGUGUAUGUGUACCUGGUAAGGUAUGCUGAGGAGGAACAAGACCUGGCUCUGCUGUCUAUCAGUACCUUCCAGAGAGCUUUGAAGGACCCAAACCAGUUGAUCCGUGCCAGUGCUCUCCGAGUGCUCUCAUCCAUCCGGGUGCCCAUGAUAGUGCCUAUAGUGAUGCUGGCCAUCAGAGACUCUGCCAGCGACAUGUCGCCUUACGUUAGAAAGACUGCCGCACAUGCUAUACCUAAGUUGUACAGCUUGGAUCCCGAACAAAAAGAGGAAUUAGUUUCUAUAAUAGACAAGUUAUUAUCGGACAAGGCGCCUCUUGUUGUCGGUUCAGCGGCCAUGGCGUUCUCCGAAGUGUGUGGGGACCGAAUGAGUCUCAUACAUAGAAGUUACAGGAAACUUUGCUCCUUACUAGCCGAUGUAGAUGAGUGGGGCCAGCUGACUCUGCUCAACGUGCUUACAGUGUAUGCUAGAACAUGCUUCGCGGACCCCAACAGUGAAAAGUACUCGAGCGAUAGUGAGACGGAGAAGCCGUUCUACGAGUCGGACAGUUCUGCCGGGGGCCGGUCGUCCCCGGCCAGCCUGGACGCGGACCACCGCCUGCUGCUGCGCGCCGCCAAGCCGCUGCUGCAGAGCAGGAAUUCCGGCGUCGUGCUCGCCGUCGCACAGCUCUUCUACCACUGCGGACCUGCUCAAGAACUGCCUCCCGUCGCUAAAGCCAUGGUUCGACUUCUGCGCGCGCCUCUGGAGGUACAAAGCGUCGUACUCAACUCUAUAGCUGCACUUACUGUUACAAGAAGGACACUCUUCGAGCCAUUCCUAAAGUCUUUCUUCGUGCGCAACUCCGACCCAACCCACAUCAAGUUACUGAAACUGGAGAUCUUAACCAAUCUAGCCACGGAGGCAAGCGCUGGCGUGAUUCUACGGGAAUUUCAGACUUACGUCACUUGUAGCGAUAAAGCCUUCGCCGGGGCCACUAUACAGGCUAUAGGAAGGCUCGCCGUGGCCAUCCAUACGGAGACUGAGACCUGCUUGAAUGGACUACUUCAUUUGCUGUCAAGCAAAGAUGAAUGGGUAGUAUGCGAGGCCGUCGUGGUAGUGAAGCGAGUGGUGGGAGGGGGGGCCACCUCCGCCCGGGCCGCCGUCGCACGCGCUGCCAAGCUACUGCGCUCCGACAGACUGGCGGGGGCGGCGCGCGCGGCGGGGGUAUGGCUGGUGGCGGAGCACGGGGCGCGACACCCGCGCGCCGCCGCCAUACUCGCGCAUAUGGCACAAACAUUCGCCGACCAGGACGAGCUGGUAAAGCUGCAGUUACUAUCUCUAGCAGUAAAACUGUCAAUAACACAACCGGACACGCUACCCAUGUGUCGAUAUGUUGUCUCGCUCGCACGGUAUGACGUCAGCUAUGACGUCAGAGACCGAGCUCGCAUGCUACGUCGGUUCAUUGAACCCCAGCCGGGGAAACAACUGAAUAAUUACGUCGCUGAAAUAUUUUUGCCUGAAAAACCGAAGCCUGAUGUCCAAAGCAGUUUUAAAGACCGUGGCACGUUCACGGUGGGGUCGCUGUCGCAGUACAUCGGCGCGGCGGCGGGCGGGUACCGCGCGCUGCCCCCCGCGCCGCGCGCCACGCUCGCCGCCUCGCUGCGGGACGCCGGCGCCCCACCAAGGGACACGCCCGCAGAUAACCACGAUGAACACCAGAAAAACAAGAGCUUCUACUCGGAGCCAGAGAGCAGCGGAUCAGGGUCUGGAUCCUCAUCCUCAGCCAGUUCCAGUUCUGAAGAGUCUUCUGAUGAGGAGGAGAGCAACGCAGAAGAGAAGAAAGAAGAGAAACCAGCAAAAGAGACGAAUAAUUAUAGGUCAAGGUCAUCAAACUCGGGAACAUCGGAUAGUGAGUCCGACAGCGAUUCGGAAAGCGGAUCCGACAGCGAAUCGGCUGGUUCCUCUGAAUCGGCUGAAAGCAGUGACGAAGAAACCCCAAAGAAAAAUGAAGUUAGUCGCGAUAAGAAGCAAAAUGCUCAACCUGCACCACCGAAAGAGGAACCGAUGAAAAAUGAAAAAUCAAACCUGGAACUUUUGUUAGAGUUAGAUGAAGUAGCUAGUUCGUUGCCCACUAUGACGCCCACUUGUGGGGGAUUCCUGUCACCGCCCAGUUUAGCGCCACAGGGGAUUGGGGAUGCGGACAGCAUAACCCCGGUGGGUCCGUCGUGGGUGAGCGUGGAGGGGCGCGAGGUGGUGCCGGGCGUGGUGUGGGGCGGCGUCAGCGUGGCGGCGCGCUGGCCGCGGGGGCCGCAUCUAUACUCGCGCGCCAUGACUGCGCUCGACCUUAGCUUCUACAACCAUACUAAAAACGACGUCACCAAUAUACGGAUACACAAGAAGACGCUGACAGGUUCCCGCAGCAUCCACGACUUCUCUCCCAUCCAGCUAUUAGUACCCUCGGGCUCCGCCACUGUUACACUGGGCGUGGACUUUGCAGACUCAAUACAACCCAUCGAGUUUACCAUCAACAGCUCUAUAGGUGAAGUGCCUGUAUCAAUAACUCCCCCAGUGGGAGAGCUGAUGAGGGCAGUGACCAUGUCACAGGCGCGGUGGGACUCCGAACACAAGAAACUUAGAGGAAUGACUGAGUGUGACAAGAAAACGGUAAAAAUUGAAGACGAGCAGUUGAUCUGUAAGCGAGUCUUCGAGACAGCCAACGUGGCUGCCAUCACGUCUACCGGUGACUUCCUUAGGUUCGCGGGUCGCAUGAUGUCCUCCCAGGACCUGGUCCUCUUGUCAGUGAGGACGGAGGAGGCCAACUCACGAGUCACAGCCAACUGUGCCAACAUGGCCAUAGCGUCACUCCUCGCCAAUGAAGUCGCUCAAGCCUUAGGGAGGUCCUAAAUAACCAGAAGUGGUAAUUGCUCACAGGAAAAACUUACGACCAUAAAAUUAUAUUGAUCAUUGAUUUAUGAUAACUUUAUUAAAAUUUUCGAGCUUGCUCGGUUAGUUUUGGGCUCGUCUGAUUAAUUUCGAGCUUGUACAGAGCUCUUUAGACCCAAUUGAAAGAUGUUGGAUGAUAAAUAUGGAUAUAUUAAUGUUGUAUUGAUGUAUGUAAUCUUUUUAUUUAGUAAAAGUAUGUUCUAUGUAUGUUUUUAACUUGAUUGUUUGUAAUGUUGAAGAAAUGCCUUUUUUAUGGCCUCUUAUGAAGAAAAUAGAUUUUCUAUCUAAGUUAGAAAUUACUCGAAAAAGAAAACAAGUUAUAAUUAUAGACAUAUCUAAGGAAUUGAACUGAAUCUAGCAGUGAGUUUAUGGAUGCUGCCUUGUUGAGCUGUUAGCGUAAAUGCAUUAUGAUUCUCAGGUCUGAAAUUUAGCCCAGUCUAUGUUAAUCUCACCAUUAUUAUAUGGAUGUUGUUUCUGGAAGAUAGCUAGAUGGUAAUUAUGCCAAAGUUGAAGUCAAAUCAUUUAUAUAUCGAAGUCAAAUGGACCACUAUAGACCUUAGACUUAUAAAUGACAAAAAAAAAACAAAAAGUUCAACUUUGUGUGUCAAUAUGUCGGCCUGUCUUCUAGUGAAUAUAUUUGCUCGUUCCAAAGUGUAGAUUCUUAUGCAAUAGAACGAGCAAGAAACAACAGUUUCAGAAUAAUUUUUUUUUUUGUUACAUCAUUUAGCUGGUUCUGUUAUGUGAGAACAGUGUAACACUAAUAAAAAAACUAUGUUUUUUAUUACCUAAUACAUAAUAAAAUACUUAAUUCUUUUUAUCAUAUUAUUAAUGAUUUAAGUACUUAGUUCAUUCCAUUUAUUUUUAUUCUUUUCUAGUCAUAUGACUGCCGUUAGCUAGAAUCUGACUUCAAGAAGAAAAUUUAUAAAAAUUGUUGCCGAUUUGAAG